CCGAGCUCGGCAACUCCAACCCGGCGGUGUCCGGAACCGGCUACCUCUCGCGGCUCCGCUUCCUGCCGGAGUUUGCCCCAGGACUUCCUCUUGGACGUCGCCAAACAGCACUCCAAGCACAGUGGGAUGAAGGCUGCCGACGCCGUGCGGAGUUACCUGGCCGCCGUCAAGACUCUGGAGCUCUACGGGGUGGAGCUGCAUUAUGCCCGGCAGGACGGGAACAAUCUGGAGGUGAUGCUGGGCGUCAUGGCCACGGGGAUGGUCAUCUACAAGAACGGCAUUCGCAUUCACCUGCCUUGGAAGAAGAUCGUCAAGAUCUUCUUCAAGUCGAAACAAUUCUUCAUCCAGCUGGAGAGGCGGCCGAUGGAAAUGCGCGACAACAUCCUGGAGUUCCACAUGGAGAGCUACCGGCUGUGCAAGGGGCUGUGGAAGGCGUGCGUGGAGCACCACUGCUUCUUCCGGACCCAGAGGCAGCCGGGCUCCAGCUCCGAGAAGUCGCUGCUGGGGCAGAUCUUCACGCUGUCGCUCUUCAAGGGGAGGCCGGAUUCAGUUCACCGCGACAGCUCGGAGAGAAUCAACGGGAGCCGCGCCGUCAGCAGGAAGUCGUCGUCGGGUCGCUCGGGCCUCGGUUCGGGCGACGGAGAUCGCGUCGGCAGCGCCCAGCUGGCGCGACGGAGAAACAGCGACGAGAUCUGGGACCGCAGCGCUCGGCUCUCGGGUUCUGAGAACUCCUCCAGCCCGCCCUCCCCGACGCUGCUGUCGCCGUCGGGUUCGUUCCAGCGCAGCCUGCGCACCGCCAACUCGCUGGGCGACCUCAGCCGCCGCGUGGUGGGCGGGGUGACCCUGCGGCCCCUCCGCGCGGCCUCCGUCACGCGCCUCGACUCGCGCCAGUCGCUCAGCCUGCAGAGGUUUUCCGUGGCCGAGUUCCGAGCGCCGGGGCAGACGUCCAAGGUGCGUAACGGGAGCUUGUGCCGCACGCCAAGCCGCGCCAACUCGCACGAGGGCCUGCUCAACUCCCCCUCCAGCCGAUCCUACGACAUCACAGAUCUCACCAGCACCGGCUCUGGACAGCUCAACGGUGCUGAUCCUUACGAAAACCUGGUGCUCAUACGGAUCAAGCAGGACGACAACUGCAAGUUCGGCUUCAACGUGAAGGGAGGGUCCGACCACAAGAUGCCCAUUAUCGUCUCGCGCGUGGCCCCGGGCACGCCGGCGGACAUGUGCGUGCCGCGGCUGAACGAGGGCGACCAGCUGGUGCGGGUGAACGACCGCGACAUCUCCCGGUGCAGCCACGAGGAGGUGGUGCAGUUCAUCCGCUCCAGCUGCCAGGGCGGCCACGGCGAGCUGCUGCUGCUCGUGAGGCCCAACGCCGUGUACGGCGCGGAGGAGGAAGAGGACGACGACGAGGUGGACAGCGAGCCCGACUUCCAGUACACGGCGCUGGAGCCAGCGGAACCGCACGAGGGCAGCAGCGAGGGCGGCCAGGACGCGCUGCGCCUCUCCAUGGAGCAGCUGGAGCGCGACCUGGAGGCAGGCAUCGCCGUCGAGCAGUUCGAGGACCUGUACAGGAAAAAGCCCGGCAUGAGCAUGUCAUGCGCCCGGUUACCCCAGAAUGCCGGCAAGAAUCGCUACCGCGACAUCUCACCGUAUGAUGACACCAGGGUGUUGCUGUGCGGGGAGGACGAUUACAUCAACGCCAACCACAUCAACAUGGAGCUGGCCGACCGGGUGAAUCGCUACAUCGCGUGCCAGGGGCCCCUGCCCGCCACGUCGGCCGACUUCUGGCAGAUGGUGUGGGAGCAGGGCAGCACCAUAAUCGUGAUGCUCACCACCAUCACGGAGCGCGGCCGGGUGAAAUGUCACCAGUACUGGCCCAACCCGCCUGGCACGGAGACGCACGGAGACUUUGUGGUGACUUGCGUCAAGGAGGACUGCAACCUUGCGUGCGUCUUCCGGGAGUUCACGCUCACCAAGAAGGUGGCAAAACCGGCGAGCAGAGCAGACGAAGUGGCGGAAGAACGGAUCGAAGAGGAGAGGAAGGAGGACGGCAAAGAAUCGGCGGUUGAAGAAGAAGAAGACAACGACGACAAGGAGCCGCCGAAGAAGCAGGAGGAGGCAGAGAAGGCGGAAGCCAAGGAGGUGGAGAAAGAGGAGAGUGAGGAGGUUGAGCCCGAGGACUGUGUGGACGCAGCAGCAGCAGCAGCUAUUGCUGCUGCUGCCUCGGAGGAGGAAGAGGAGCGGCUGGUGAGUCACCUGCAGUACGUGGCAUGGCCGGACCACGGUGUCCCGGACGACCCCCACCAGUUCCUGCAGUUCGUGAAGAGCGUGCGGGAAAAGCGCACGGCGCAGCCACCGCAGCCCGUCGUCGUGCACUGCAGUGCGGGCAUCGGGCGGACGGGCGUGCUCGUCACCAUGGAGACGGCGCAGUGCCUGAUGGAGUGCUACAAGCCCGUGUACCCCCUCGACAUCGUCAAGACGAUGAGGGACCAGCGCGCGAUGAUGAUACAGACAUCCUGCCAGUACAGGUUUGUGUGCGAGGCGAUCCUGCAGGUGUACGAGGAGAUGGUGUUCGAGGACCGUGGCAAGCCGGCGAGACCCACACAGUAACGCUACCCUCCUCCGUGCGUGACACCCGGAUUGCUCACAGCAUCGACUUUCUCGCGCGCGUACGUAAGCGCCCAAGCACGACCAAAGGGAGCGAGCGGAGACUCUGGGGUGGCCCAGCGACAGCUCCCUCCCCCCCCCCUCCCUUAACCCGGAUGCGACCCCCAACGACGGCGGCGGAUCGAGUCCCGCCGUUAUGGAGACUCGAGACCUCGUUCUCACGCACUCCGCCCGCUCCUUUUUGACACGACGAGCGAUUGUCGGCGAUGCCAGCGGGCGUGUGUGGGGCACCCUCGCUACGCUUGGGUGGAGACUAAAACCUUUGUGCAUUCAAUCGCACGAAUGAUGUGCAAAUAUUUUUGUUUCACCCCCAAUACCACCUCCUUUUGUAAAAACCUAUCCAAGCCAUGACCGAGUGACACCCCAUCCCCCACCGUGUCACGAGGCGUAAAAGAGCUUUAAAAGGAACGUUCCAGGAAAAGGGAGCCGGGAGUUGGCGACCGCAUCGGGCGCACGUGCUCGCCCACGGCCUUAGCCUCCGCCACGCACUUCCGCGACCUCAAGCGCUCGAUCCCCACAGCCCCCCCCAAAAACUCUCCAGGUUCGGAGUCGUGAACCGCCCCCCACCCCCCCCCACCACCACCACCAAGAGCUGCUGCCUCUCCGUCACCGCCCGUCCCAGAAAGAAUGUAUUUCAGACUUGGCGUUUACACGUACGUCGAGUCUCGCGUUGUCACGCGGCAGAGUGCUCGCGCUGGCGCGUUCGAGCUUGACGUUUGUAUCGCGUGGCGAGUCACGCCGUGAAUGUUCGACAAAAUUAUUAGAACCCACACCCUCCCGCCCCCCCCCCCCCCCACCUUGUACCGCCCAGACCCUGAUUGGCUGCUGGUUCUCUUAACGUUUAACCAACCCUCACCGUCGCUUCAGAGAAGCUUGAAGUGAUGGCGGGAGGGGGGUGCCGUGUAAAGUCACAACGAAGGAGGGCCAUUGCCCGAAACGUUUCCGUUCAUAGUUUUUCAUUUUUAGGGCAGUGUUAUCUACCAGCGGAAUUUAUUUUGUAUCAAUGCGUUGCUUGUGUGUGAAGUCAUCCAGAGUGAACCUACCCCCUGAGGAGGUAGCAGCCAGCUGUGUGCGUCAGCCAAUCCACACGGCCGCCUUCAAAAAAAUCCCAUCGCCUUGUGAAGUCGAAAAGCAUUUCCACGCUCGAGCGAGAGCGCAAGUCGGCGCUCGUCUCCAUGGGCAGGCCUUGAGCCGGUGGAGUAAACUCCACAUUCCUAAGACGGGUGGGCAAAGUCCAUCCGAAGGAGGAUGGGACUCGCACCACCGUCCACUUUACACUGAGGUACUCAUUUGUUUCGACCCGAGAGGAGGCGAUGGGCCGAGUGGACACAACGGAAUCACUUAAGAGGAAAAACGAAAACAAAUCGUGCCUUCAGCGAUGAUGGUACACCCCGAUUACGACUACGCCAUUUCACCGUGUUUUUUUUUUACGUUUAAAAAUCGGAAUUGCGCGUCGAUGUUAGCGGUACGGUAUCAUGCCUCACACGAAGGUACGGCCAGGCCAUAGUGGGGCGAGAGAGAGAGGUACCUUCGCCCGCCCCCCCCCCCCCCCCCCCGCUGCACUCUGGCACUUUACGCCUUAAAAGUCGCUCAUCGUCAACACUGGACCUGACCUCCCGUGCGAGCGCCCCCCCCUCCACCUCUCCCCCCGCCGCCCCCAUCAACCACCCCCUCUUGGCAAUCCCUCGAAUAAGACUGGUGGUAUACUCCAGCAUAGUGUAUAUAUUCCAGGAUUGACAAUGGAUGGCGAGCAGACAUGAAGAUCGCUGCUUUGCUCCCGUCCUGACAAGUCCUCGGGGUCGCAUUCUUUAUGGCGGCCCAGCUCAGGCUUGGGUCGCUCGGCCGUUCCCAAAGACGGGCACCACGAGCAGCUCACAGCCGUGGCUCGGCUCGAGUUGAGCGCUUUUAAGCCGACUCAUUUGAGCCAGAGCCGAGCCUGAGCCAGGCCGUGACUUAGAAUACGGACUGCAAAGGUGGCUCGGGUGCCCGAUCCUCGACCUUGCACACACACCCCCACCUUAUCCCCCCCCCCCAUGUCACCCCAUGGGACCUCUUGCCAACAAAACGACGGUACUUGUUUAGUUUUAGCUGUCACGUGGUACUCGGCCUGUAUUUAGCGCAAGCCAUUUUUUUGGUUUUUAUUUUGUAAAAAAAAAAUUCAAAAGUAACAAAAAGAUGCGUGACGAUGAUGAGGAUUCUCGCUUUGUACUGUUUUUGGCAGUCUGUCUUUCAGCCUCUGGUUACAGAGGCAAAAUUAACGAUGCGAUUUUUUUUAUUUAACGUAAGUUCUAGACUGUAUAGAAAAUAUAAUUUUCUUUCCCUACCCCUGAAACCAAUUCACAGAUAAAUAUAUAUACUGAAGAACUAAAGUUCUAGAAGUCCUGUUUUGCGCUGCUGUGCAGUUAACAUUGUGUGGCCACCUUACUGCCUUAAGAAACUACUGAUUAAACGUGUUUUGCAAUCAGCCACCCA